GAGCAACCGCAACGAGAAAGCCACCAAGAUUUAGCCCCCACUAUGAGUCGACGACUCUGGAUGCUAGAAGCUGGAUGGCACGACGGGCCUUAAGUUUCAUCCGGGCAGCGCUGUUUAGACAUCCAAAUUGAGGAAUUCAAGUGAUGCUGACUUCCUUGCGUGGCUGCUUGCCCUCACAUCUUCCCCUCUGAUCUGGACUUUGUGUUUCUUCGUCCCUACCAUGACCCCAUCCUGUUGACAAUGUGAAACAGAGUGGAUGCUGCUUUAUUCUCUGUCGUGAUGUCUUUCUCACCGCAGCAUCAACCAGGCCUCGGUUCAGGAUCCGACCCUUCCUCGUUCUCUAAAGGCGACGGAAACGAGGGUGUUCCUCCCCCAAUGGCUCAUAGCUAUGCCUCUCAGGACUCUCUAGCUCAUAGGAGCUGUAUCACUUGUCGCCGGAGGAAGGUUCGUUGCAACAAAAGAUCGCCAUGCUCACACUGCAUCAGGGCAGGCAUUGAAUGUAUCUUUCCUCCACCCGGUCGAGCCCCUCGCAAGACAAAGCGUUCACCCCCUGAGAACGCAGAGCUUCUUUUGCGGUUGCGACAGCUCGAGAGUAUAGUUGAAUCGGCCAUCACAAACCCAAACGCUCAGGCUGCGCCGUCCCCAUCCCAGCAGAGUAGUGAUCGCUCAAGUGGUGAACCGCCCAGUAAAUUUGGGAACGAAGGCCAGACUGUAUGCCCAAAAUCGAUGGGCCGGGAUCAACCGACCAGUCUAGAGCAUGAGUUCGGACGAUUGGUGAUUGAGGAUAAUCGGAGCCGAUAUGUGAGCAAUCGGUUUUGGGCUAGUCUUGGGGAUGAGAUUGAAGAACUGCAGGAUAUCCUUGAUCCUUCGUCUUCUGGAGAUGAUGACGACACUUCCCCCGGACCAACUUCCCACUACUCCACCACUCGCGAUGGAAUGCUGUUCGGCUUCUAUUCCAUUGCACGUUCUCUUCAAAGCUUCCAUCCAGCCCCCGGCAAGGUGCCGGUGCUAUGGCAGAUAUACGCGGAGAACGUGAAGCCGCUACUGCCCAUAGUUCAUGGCCCUGCUGCUCAGCAGCUUUUCACACAGGCUGCCCGGGUGCUGAAUGAUCUGAAUAAAGACAACGAGGCUCUGGUGCUUGCCAUGUACUUUGCAGCCAUUGUUAGCACGUCUAAUGAGCAAUGUAUGGCCCAGCUAGGAGAGGCGCGGGAUACACUUGUCAGCCGUUAUAGAUUCGCAGUGGAACAAGCUCUAUCCAAAGCUGGCCUCAUGAACACCCAAAGCCUGACGCUAAUGCAGGCUUUGGCAAUAUUUCUGAAUGCUGUCCGGCGAGAGGACGAUACGAAAUUCGUCUGGUCCAUGUCCGCUCUUGCACUCCGUCUGGCACAGGGACUUGGAUUGCAUCGAGACGGGAAUAACUUUGGUCUAAAACCAUUUGACGCAGAGAUGCGUCGAAGGCUGUGGUGGCACAUUGUCUUACUCGACCUAAGGUCAUCUGAGGAUCAUGGAACCGACGUGCAGAUUCAUGAUCAGAUGUUCGAUACCAAGCUUCCUCUGAAUAUAAACGACACUGAUAUAUACCCAGAACUGGAAGAGCGCCCGAAGGCACGGACGGAGUUCACGGACAUGAGUUUCUUUCUCAUACGAUGUGAUAUCUGCUAUGCUCUACGGCGAGUGUCCUAUAUUUGUCCUGAUGGUGCCUCUGCGGGGCACAUGGCCGGAAAUUGUGGGAAUGUUGUGCAGACUGUCAACCGGAACAUCGAGGAACAAUAUUUGAAACAUUGCGAUAUGACCGACCCGAUACAGUGGGUAAGUGCGACAGUUGCCCGCCUAGUACUUACAAAGAUGUGGCUGGUCAUCCAUCAUCCGAUGACUAGCUCUGAUCACGACUCGAAAAUAAGCAAUGAGUCUCGGGAGAGCUUGUUUAUCUCGUCCAUUGAAGUUGCCGAGUUUGCACGCUUGGUAAAGGAAGAUGAAAACACGAAGAAAUGGAGCUGGAUGUUCGACACUCAUAUGCAAUGGCACGCAAUUGCCAUGAUCCUAUCUGAGCUCUGUGUUCGUCCGUUGAGCCCCCUGACGAAUCGUGCAUGGCUAGCUGUGACGACAGUAUACGACGACUGGCUACGCACCGCGAAGCAGCGGAAAGGGAUGCUUUGGCGACCGCUUGCCCAGCUUAUGAAACGAGCCGGCGCACUGAGAGAGAAGCAACUAGCAGAACUACGUGCUCAUGUGGAAAACCAGCAGGGUGCGGCCCAAAACACCACUUCCACUCCAACCGUGUCGGGUCGACCCGCUAUAGGGUCAGCUUUCUCAUCGCAUUUCCCUGAGCACUCAAGACUGAUAUCUGCCGCGCCCCCACUGGAUCCGGACGCUUUUCACGGCCCGCUGGACUUCGAUGUGACUCAAGGCCCGGUCAAUCUUCUCAACGAUUUCUUCCCAGAGGGCAACUGGCUUGCUACUCCUGGGAAUCUUGACCAAGCUCAACCGCAUCCACGACCGCCGUCGACUGUUCCAUUGUCCAUGUCAGCUAUCCCAGAACUACAAUCUACCCCUGGCAUCAGCCACCCAGAAUGGGACCAGGUAUUGCGGGAUUUCCAGGUUGACAUGCAAGACAUGCCGGCCCCUCCAAUGGAUGAUAUUACGGGUUGGAUCACUUGAUCCUAGCACGGGAGGAUCGCCUUAUCGUCUGUCUUCGGUUGUUCCCGCAACGAGGGCCUUCGUAUGAGGAUAUUUCACGGUUGUCAUGGAGUCUUUCUGGUUUGUGAUUGAACACUGGUUAUUGAAUAUGACGACCGAGAUCCUGUUUCUAUAUAUACCAUCGCCUCUCCAAGUUUAUAGACAAUUUUAUUACACUCUUAACUCCUCUCUCAAAUGAUCCUAUACAACAAUAUCUUGUGGAAAGUCACCAAAGUCGAGUGAAAGGCACGGAGGGCUUCUUAUAUCCUAUUAUCUUCGUGUAAUUCUCCAGAGCCUAAACAGUAUUCUCCGGAGACUGUUCAAACAAUCCCACGAAUCGCAAUUUGAAUCAAGCUCUCUGAAUCGAAGGAUUCGUCACC